GGGGGGAAUCUAAUAUUUUCGAUUAGCACCUGAACGCAACGCUGUUGACACUUGUUGGUCUACGACACGUCUGAUUCAAUUCGGGCUCUUUUAGCUAGUUUAAAAAUCAUCCAUCGAAAUUCCAAGAUCUACCUUUGACUUAUGUGAAUUCAAAAUAAGUACUUAAAAGAGUCAAAUACAACAAGAAUACGUUUUGUUUUCACCGUGUUACUAACAUAAACGGAAACGUCUACGGGAACUUCAGCCAAUCGGCUGCCGAUGCGGCUUCUCCUCCCAUCACGUCGCGCUCAUGACAAUAUGGCCGCCUUCCUGUAGCCGUUAGACUGGUUGGUACGUCUGUCACAUGUGAGAUUAAAGGUUUACCAGUAAAACAAUAAUGUCGGCCGUGCUUUUCCUGAAAACAUCACUGAGUAGACUGCCACCGGGUGCUGCUCGGCAAGUUGUGGGCUGCUGUUAUCACACGGAGAAAGGAGUGUACGGAUACCGACCAAAGAGGACCGACAGGAAGCAGAAGUUGCAGAGCGACCGUAUCGCUGCACUAAAUCAAGAUCAUGGUCUUGCUCGUCUGGUGGAGGCAUACAGAACACAUGGACACAAGGCUGCUAAAAUUAACCCUUUACUACCCCAGAAGCCUGUUGUUGACACUGUCCCAGAGAUAAACCAGCUGACUGGCACCAUGACAGGAACACUCAACACCUCAGGUCUGCAGCACUUUGGAAAAACUCAGGCCUCAGUGGAGGAGGUUCGGGCCUACCUGGAAGAAGCCUACUGUGGGCAUCUCUCAGUGGAGACCAGCCAGCUAAGCAGUAUGGAAGAGAGGGAGUGGUUUGCUGACCACUUUGAGGAGCUCAAGAGAAAGAGCUUUUCUCCACAGGAGAGGAGGCAGCUGGCUAAGAUCAUGCUGGAGUCACAGGAAUUUGACCACUUUCUUGCCACUAAGUUUUCUACUGUAAAGCGUUAUGGAGGAGAAGGAGCGGAGAGCAUGAUGGGAUUUUUCUAUGAGCUCUUCUAUCAGUCUGCACACAGUGGAGUUACUGACAUUGUCAUCGGCAUGCCUCACAGAGGCCGACUCAACCUCCUGACAGGCCUGCUGAAGUUCCCACCAGAGCUUAUGUUCCGUAAGAUGCGUGGCCUCAGCGAGUUCCCUGAGAUCUCGCCUGCCAUUGGGGAUGUUCUCUCCCACCUCACCUCCUCUGUGGAGUUGGAUUUUGGAGCAGGACACCCUCUUCAUGUCACCAUGCUGCCCAACCCAUCUCACCUUGAGGCCAUCAACCCUGUUGCUCAGGGAAAGACCAGAGCCAGGCAGCAGCUCAGGAAAGAAGGAGACUAUUCGCCAGAGAAUGACGCCCAGCCCGGUGACCAAGUCAUCUGUCUGCAGGUGCACGGUGAUGGCUCCUUUACUGGCCAGGGGAUUGUUACGGAAACCUUGACUCUCUCGAAUCUUCCUCACUACAGAGUUGGUGGGAGCAUCCAUCUUAUUGUGAACAACCAAGUGGGUUACACCACUCCAUCAGAGAGGGGGAGAUCAUCUUUGUACUGCAGUGAUGUCGGUAAGAUGGUGAACUGUGCUGUGAUCCACGUAAAUGGCGAUGAUGCAGAGGAGGUGCUGCGAGCCACACGGCUGGCUGUGGACUACCAGCGGCAGUUCAGGAAAGACAUCAUCCUGGAUCUGAUCUGCUACCGUCAGUGGGGCCACAAUGAGCUAGAUGAGCCUUUCUUCACCAACCCGGCCAUGUACAAGAUCAUCCGGUCCCGUAAGAGCGUCCCGGAUUCCUACUCAGACCAGCUGAUAUUAGAGGGCCUGAUGACUGAGGCUGAGCGUGACCAGAUCAAAUCCAAACACUAUGGUAUGCUCAACGACAAGCUGUCGAACAUGACUGUGUACACUCCUCCACCCACCAACCUUCAAGGCCGCUGGGGGGAUCUGAUGGAGCCCCAGUCUAGAGUUACCACCUGGGACACGGGCGUCCCCAUUCCACUGCUGCAGUUCGUAGGAGCAAAGUCUGUGGACAUCCCUGAGGGAAUCCAGCUGCACAGUCACCUCGGAAAGACCCACGUGCAGGCUCGGUUGCAAAAGUUAGAAGAGGGCACCAAGCUCGACUGGUCGACCGCAGAGGCGCUGGCUUUCGGUUCUCUCCUCUCCCAAGGCUUUAAUAUUCGAAUCAGUGGACAAGAUGUUGGAAGAGGCACGUUCAGUCAGCGGCAUGCUAUGGUCGUGUGCCAAGACACCAACGACAUGUACAUACCCCUGAACCAUAUUAGCCCCGAGCAGACAGGUUUCCUAGAGGUGUGCAACAGCCCGCUAUCUGAAGAAGCCGUGCUCGGAUUUGAAUACGGCAUGAGCAUCGCACAGCCGAAACUUCUCCCCAUCUGGGAGGCUCAGUUUGGAGAUUUCUUCAAUGGAGCUCAGAUCAUCUUUGAUACCUUCAUCUCUGGAGGGGAAGCUAAGUGGCUGCUUCAGUGCGGGAUGGUGAUCCUGCUGCCUCAUGGUUACGAUGGUGCUGGACCCGAACACUCGUCCUGCCGCAUGGAGCGCUUCCUCCAGAUGUGUGACAGUAAAGAAGAGGGCGUGGACAGUGACAGUGUGAACAUGGCCCUGGUCAACCCCACCACUCCUGCUCAGUACUUCCACCUGCUGAGGAGACAAAUGAUCCGAAACUUCCGCAAACCUCUCAUCGUGGUCGGACCCAAGAUGUUGCUGAGGUUCUCUGGUGCAGUGUCCAGUCUGACUGAACUGGGACCAGGAACAUCGUUCAGGCCGGUGUUAGGAGAUACUUCUGUCUCAGCAGAAAGCGUCCAGAGAGUGGUGCUGUGCUCGGGGAAGCAUUACUAUGCUCUACUGAAGCAGAGGGAGACGUCAGCAGCCAACCAGAACACAGCGCUCAUCCGUGUGGAGGAGCUGUGUCCAUUCCCUCUGGAGGCUCUGCAACAGGAGCUAAAAAAAUACCCCAAUGCCAAAGAAUUUAUUUGGAGCCAAGAGGAGCCUCAGAACAUGGGUCCCUGGACUUUCAUAGCCCCCAGGUUUGAGAAGCAGCUGGCCUGCAAGCUCCGGUUAGUGAGUCGACCUGCUCUUCCCGCCCCUGCUGUCGGUAUCGGGACCCUUCAUCACCAGCAGCAAGAGGCCAUCCUCAAAGCUACCUUCUCCUGAGACAAAAACCCGACUGGAAGUCAAACUAACCAGAACACAGGCUUUGGUACUUCACUACAUUUUGUGUCUGCUGCACAGAGCCCCACAGGUCAGAUACACGGGACAUUAAGAUGACAUGGAUGUCAUUUAAAAAGUAAUUUUACUUGUAUUCUGGGAGUUGGAACUGUUUUAAUUUUAGUGUUAAGUGUUUUGUUUCUACCAUUUCUCUCAUACAAUCCAUAUUUUUUUCUGUAUUUAAUGCAAAAGGCAAAUACACUGAGGCCUUACAGAUGAUGUUUACAGGGACACUGUAGGAGCAACUCAUCGCCCCCUGCCCUAUUUGUAGUAUUGAGAAUUGCAUGUGUGAAACCUGUACAGGCUAAAUCUUUUAAGGAAUCAAACCCAUUUUGCUGAUGUCAUGCUGCAAGCAUGCAGUGUUGAUUUUUAUGCUGCUUAGAAAAGAAAUUGCCAGUGUUGUUAAAAAAUCUCUGAGCAUUACCCAUGAAAUAGUUGUUAUCAGUGUGAUUAUUUAUCCCAAGUCUCAUAGUUUAUUG